GUGCCAGUUUAACUUGGUCUCUCACUUUGGUAACAAAACCUCCUUGUGAUCCUCUCGUCCUUGUUGAGGCGAGGGGUGUGGGAGGUCAGGGUAGCUGGUGGAGUCUAUGGAGGCGCCACCCUGGCCACCCCAUAUCGAUCGUCGUCUCGUGCCGGUCGUAUAUAGACCUGGGAUACCGUUUUGAGUGCUCGUCUGUACUACAUAUUUCCCUUGAAGGUUUUAUGCAGAUUCAAACUAGUCAACUAACUUAGCGUUAACGAGUUGUCAAGUUGUGGCGCACAAUCGCGCCACUCACCGUCAACACGCGUGUAUGGGCGCCGACACUGAACACACGGUCUUUCCCCGGUUCUUAAUGGUGUCCGGUCAAAACAAGCCAAACACAUUGAAACUCAACAGUGUGGCCCGUCAGGCCAGUCGAUAUUCUGCCCGAGACCCAAGAUUAAGAACCUAAAUUGAAGCAAUCACCCCAUAAACUGCCAGUAUUUUUUCCAAGGUAUUAUUUGUAGUACAAAAUUUAAAAUGGAACAAGAUUGGGAACCAGUUAUUUUGAGAACUAGUAGGACCCCGAAGAAUAAGGAACUCGUACGAGAAAAUGCUGUUAGAGAGUCCCUACUGUCUGAAUCCACGUCAGGAAUAUGUAAAGGCGAGGAAGAUGAUACUACAAGUGUUGGCACCAAUUCAUUCUCAAGCCCUGACUUAGAAUUUAGCACUAGGGAACGGCUCCCAACCAUUCAAGCAAGAAAGAAUCCAAUCCUAAAUGAGGAAGUUACAGCUUUACUGAACAAGCCGAAAGCAAAUCAUGUGAAAAUAACAGAGAAUCCUGCUGAUCGAGACAUCGAAAUUAAAAUUAAGGACAAAGAAAAGUCCAAAAAAGACGAAGUAAAAAUCCCCGAUGGUGGAUGGGGAUGGGUGGUUGUACUCUCAUCUUUCAUAAUAUCCAUGAUAGCAGAUGGAAUCAGUUUCUCCUUUGGCUUACUGUACAUCGAGUUUCUACAAGAAUUCGAAGCUAGUAAAUCUACAACUGCAUGGAUCGGGAGUUUAUUCAUUGCCGUACCGCUUCUCUCAGGACCUGUAAUGAGUGCUUUAGUAGACAGAUAUGGAUGUCGAAGCAUGACAAUUCUCGGUGGCAUUAUAUCGACAUUGGGAUUCGUUUUAGCAUCGAUUUCAACAACUCUCGAAAUGAUGAUGAUUACAUUUGGAGUUAUAGCUGGUUUGGGUCUCGGGCUUGUGUACGUCACAGCUGUUGUAUCAAUAGCCUACUGGUUUGAAAAGAAAAGGAACUUGGCUGUGGGUUUAGGAGCCUGUGGUACAGGCGUUGGGACCUUCGUCUACGCACCAAUGACUCAAUAUUUCAUAGAAGAAUAUGGUUGGAGGGGAACAAUCCUCUUGCUUUCUGGGACGCUGUUGAAUCUUUGUGUAUGUGGAUGUGUUAUGAGAGAUCCUGAAUGGUGGACAUUAGAGCAAAAAAGACAGAGGAGUAGUAGAGAUGAAGGCAAACUGAAGAAAGAAGACGAUAAGUCCAGACAUUCAUCUUCAGCGUCAAUUUCCAAUCCCUAUGUGUUUGAUUUUGAUGCUCCAACACGAGGCAAGAGUAUGGGCGGGCUGAUUCGAAGGGGUGUGUCUCCGGAAAAGGUGAUAAAACAAGAAGCAGAGAGCAUCAAACGUCACCAGAAUAUUAUGAAGCUCAAGAAGAGUAAGCAAGUGAAACGCAAGUCGCAGUCCGUGGAGAACUUGCCAACUUACCUCACUUAUAGCGACAAGGUAUCCAUGGGAACACUAGACACACUAGUCAAGAAAACGAGCAGAGACUACGGCAUCGAAGUGAAGUAUCCAUCUUUCGCCAUAAACAGAACCAAAAAGACGCCACCAAGAGAACCGAGCAACGAAUCAAAUGACCCUCCAAUCGUCAAAUUUACGAAACAUACACUACAACGAACGAAUUCAGAAAAAUAUCAGAACAACGACAAAACUUCAGACAAAUAUGAACUUAAGAAUCCAGAGAAGAGAGUUAUUAGAAAGGCUCAUUCAGAAACCAGGGAUGAUAAAGAAAUUGUGAAACAAGAAAGUAAAGAGAAUAGGAAGGAUUGGUUAAAGAAACAGCUGUCGGUGAACCAUCAUUACUUAAAGGAUUUGAAGAUGCCCUUGAAUUCUAUUAGCCAUAGAAACGCCAUGUUGAAUAUAAAGAGGUAUAGGUUGAAAGCAUCGUCCUGCCCAGAUAUAUUUAAGAACUCCAUGAUUACCAUCGAUGAGAAGGAAGAGAACUGGUACGACGACUGCGUCAGCUGCCUGGCAGACAUGUUCAACGUGACCCUCUUCAAGCGAAUGACCUUCAACCUCCUCUGUUUGGGCACCAUUAUACUAUUCAUCUGGUUCAUAGUGCCAUACUUCUAUCUCGCUGAACAUAUGUUAGACAGUGGCUACAGUGAAGAUGACAGCGCUGGGAUGUUGAGCUUGAUCGGAAUUACUAAUACUAUUGGAAUGGUUGGCCUCGGUUGGAUAGGCGACUUUCCCCAAGUAUCAAUCGGAGGCUUAUAUGCCGUAUGUCUGGUCCUCUGCGGCGCCUCCGUGGCUGCCAUCCCAAGGGCUGCAGCACUGAACUACUGGUUCUUAGCCUCAGCUUCAGCAGCUUUUGGCCUAUUUUUCGCAGCCUCAUAUACUUUCACACCUAGUUUGUUGGUGAAAUUAGUCUCGUUGGAUGACUUUACAUCGGCUUAUGGAUUGGUGUUGCUGGCUCAGGGUAUUGGGCAUUUGAUUGGACCACCGUUAUCAGGCUUCAUCUACGAUGUGACAUUCUCGUGGGAGCUGUCGUUCUACCUCGCCGGAGGGUUCAUCAUGGUGUCCGGGAUGCUUAUUUCCCUCAUCCAGCCAGUCAGGAGCUACCAGAUCAGACAUGCUGUGGCUGAUGAUAUCAGCAUGGCUUAGGAAGUGGUAUAACUUUGUGAAGACACAAUUUUACAUUCCAAGAGGUUCACUUAGUUGCACGAUUCCAAGUAGAACUCGUAGAGUACCUAAGACCCGCAUAUUACUUUCUAUAAAUUAAUGAAUUGUGAGAAAUUAAUUAAAAUUAUUAGAUUUACCUUGAAAAUAAACUGUCAGCUAACCACCGGACAGACAAUCUGCAGAAAAUUUUGUCUACUACGCAGGGUCUCUUAACACUUUAGGUAGUUAAAGAAUUGACUAAAAUAAAUAACACAUUGCACCUAUGUUACCAGAAGAGGUAGGCAGUAGUAACAAUUGACAAUUAGUAAGCAACAAUUAAAAAUCAACUCAACAGUUGCACCAUUUAACUACAACGACAACCAUCCAUUACCAACAGUUCAAAUCAUCGGAUUUUAGUGCAAACCCUGGCACGUAGCCUAAAAUAAAGAUACCUAGCUUAGCUUUGAAAAUUCCCUAGGAUAGGAUACAUUUCUGACUGAAAAUGAAUUUGACCGUAACUGAUAGGUUUUUUGCAGCAGUUUGAUCGACGUAAAACCAAAGUGUUGGAACUACUAACGAGUAUGAAAAUAAUAAAAUUGCCUAGUCUAAGAGCCAGACAUAUUCAAAUGUAAUCAUCUCUUAAUGAAAUAUUAUAACGAUUUAUCUAACUUAAUGGUUCCCAUAAUAUAAUGAGUAUAGAGUUAUUAUAGUAUUUUAAGACUAUUUACCCCUCUAGUUAUAUAUGUAUUACAUAUAAAAUUAAUUUUGAUAGUAAUUGAUCUUCCUAUUCAAAGUUGUUAUGUUUUUUCUAGGAAUUAAUUUAUUUAGUAAGAAUUUUUGGACUUGUGCCACUUACUUAAGUUAAUAAGUCACGAAUUUUUAGAUCACAAUUAUUAAUUUUAAUUAGAAAAUGUUAGUAAUUUGUAGUCUUUCGACUAUUAUGGUAAAAAAACGUGCCUAUAUUUCUACCUUCUUAUGAAAAAAAUAACUUUCAAAUUGCAUUUUACUUUAAUAUAACUUAGCAAAAUAAAUACAUUUUUUAUCAAUAUAAAUACUUACUAUUUUUUCAGCUGUCGCAAUUUCUAUCAAUAAUAACUAAGAAGUACUGAUUUCUAACACACAUGAAAUAAACUUGAUGUAUUAAAAAUUUUGUGACCGCUUUGAAAAUUAUUUCAUUCAUUGGGUAUUGGGUUGCCCAGGUAACUGUGUUGAGGAGGUCAGAUAGGCAGUCACUCCUUCUCUGGUAAAACACUGGACUCAGCUACUUCCAGUUACAUUGGUAGCCGACCCCAAAAUACUUGGGAAAAAGACUAGGCAGAUGAUGAUUUAAAAAUAAUUUCAAUUUAUUAGUCAAUUGAAGGCGCGACUGUCAAUUGGUCCAUUUAUUUUAAUUAAACAUCAAUUUAAAGCAAUUAAGAUAAUCCGCCUUGUAAUGUGGAGCACGUGUUUAAGCAACGAGUCAUCUAUUAAGAAUUGAUCUUUUUUGAACUGUGAUUUAUUUAUUCGUAAUCUUAAAUAAAAAAACAUAUAAGUAUGGGAAAUUCAGUUAAGUCAGUUGGUUUUGAAAUGUGAACUUGUUCAUUAUUUAUAUUAGAAAAAAAGUAUUUCUUAUUUAUCUGGGAAGUAAAUACAUAUAGAAAUAGGCUUAACGUCAAUUUUUUUUCUACCAAUUUUCGAUAAAAUAACCGAUGAUAUUUAGAACUAAUGUGCCAUUAUCUGUAUAACGUACUUAUAUUAUAUACCUAAUAGUAUUUUGAAGAAUAUAAUCACUCCACACUUUAUACAGUAAGAAAUAUGUAAUUUAACAUUUUUACCAAUACCGAGAUAAUAUAAAUGAUUAUUGUAACUUUUUUAUUCACAUUUUCUUCUUUCAUUUUGUAAAAGAAAAACUUAAAAAAGAGUCAUCUUUACAUGUAUAUGACCUUGCCAUUUUUUUUAAUUCUCCAAAAAGUCUUUACAAAAAUAUAUAAAAUAAGUAAAUAACCGGAUGAAUAACCUCAAAUAACAUUUUCUAAAAAAAAUAACAACGUUUUUCUUCUGAAUAAGCGACAUAAUAUGAAUGAUUUCAUAAAUUCAUACUUAGAGCUCUUGGUCUAAAAAACAUAGAAUAAGAAAAUUUGUAGAUAGAGCACAAUAUAGCAUAAUUUGUACCUAAUUUCGAACAAAUUAUACCUAUUUCUGUAACACGUUUAUAUGCACAAUGGAAAGAUAUUACAAUAUACGAUAUUAAUAUCUUUCCGAUUAAUUUAAGGUAGGUUUAAGAACUAACAGGUUUUGAUCAUGUUAUAAUUAUUCUGUAUUUAAUCAAAUGUUAUUAAAUUAUUUAUUGGA